GAAAAAAUGUGGCAGUAAAAUAUCUGAAACACUUAGUUGUUUCCCACCAUUUUUUUUAUUACGCCUAGUGAUUUUAUAUAAAGGAUUGGUAGGAUCGUUUUCCAGAGUUUCCAAAAUUUAAUCUUUAUUUGAUUGAUUGAGUACCACACAAGUUAAGUUACAUCACCAUAAUAUAUCAUCAAAAUGUCAACACCAAAGAUUAUAAUUAUAUCGUCUGAUGAAGAGAAGUUUACAGUUGAUCAGAAGGUUGCUGAAAAGUCAGGAGUUCUUAAGAAUAUGAUUAAUGAUUUAAAUCCUGAUGGAUUAACUGAAGACUUUGUAGCACCUACUCCAAAUGUUAGAGGUAUUGUAUUAUCAAAAGUUUUAGAAUGGUGUGAACAUCAUAAAAAUACCGUAUUCCCUGAUGAAGAUGAUGAAGAUGCUAAGAAGACUGCUCCUAUAGAAGAAUGGGAUAGAUCAUUUUUUAAAGUUGAUCAAGAAAUGUUGUAUGAAAUUAUUCUUGCUGCUAACUAUUUAACCAUUACUCCAUUAAGAGAUUGUGGAUGUAAGAUUGUUGCUGAAAUGAUUAAAGAAAAGUCACCAGAAGAGUUGAGAAGAAUUUUUAAUAUUACUAAUGAUUUCUCUCCUGAAGAAGAAGCUGCUAUUAAGAGAGAAAAUGAAUGGGCUGAAGAUCGUUAAGUGUUUAAGUAUGAAUAACUAAAGUUCAGUAUUGUUAAUUUUACAUAGCUUAUUUCAUCUAUUUCAUCUAAAUGUAUUUAUGUUCUACGAUAUAUUAUCUACGUAAUAGUAACAGUUGUGUAGUUGUGUAGUAGUAUGACUAUGACUAUGACCAUAUAGGGUUAAAUUAUUGUCCCUGUUCGCACGACCAUUCCCACCAGCAAUUAAAUUUUUAUAAUCGAUUUAUCGCAAAAGUGUUCCAUUUCCCA